AUGGAACACAUGAAUAAGGAGAAUGUUUCCGUGGAAAAUUCCACUCCGCCAGUGAAAAACGCGCCGGAAAAAGCGGAAAUCCAUGUAAAUCAGGACGAAUACAAAUAUUUGAAGCAAGUCGAGCAGAUUCUGGCUGAAGGAACUCGUCGUGAUGAUCGUACCGGCACGGGGACCAUCUCCAUCUUCGGAAUGCAAUCAAAGUACUCGUUAAGAGAUGGCACAAUCCCUCUACUCACUACAAAGCGUGUCUACUGGAAGGGUGUACUCGAAGAGUUGCUCUGGUUCAUCUCAGGAUCGACAGACGGAAAGCAGUUGCUGGCGAAGAAUGUAAAGAUUUGGGAGAAGAAUGGAGACCGCGCAUUUCUUGAUAAUCUCGGAAUGACGUCACGGGAAGAGGGAGAUCUCGGACCGGUAUACGGUUUCCAGUGGCGUCAUUUCGGUGCGAAAUACGUGGAUUGUCAUACGGAUUACACGGGAAAAGGGGUGGAUCAGCUGGCUGAGGUCAUUCGACAGAUCCGUCAGGAGCCAGAUAGUCGACGUAUUAUUAUGUCAGCGUGGAAUCCGACGGAUUUGGGAGAAAUGGUGCUGCCACCGUGUCAUACGAUGUGUCAAUUCUAUGUGGAAAGCGGAGAGUUGUCGUGUCAAUUGUAUCAGAGAAGUGGUGAUAUGGGUCUCGGCGUUCCAUUCAACUUGGCCAGCUACGGUCUCCUGACCCAUAUGAUCGCAAAAGUGUGCGGCCUGCGUGCUGGAACUCUUGUCCACACCCUCGGUGACGCCCAUGUCUAUACGAAUCACGUCGACGCACUGCGUAUCCAAUUAAAACGUGAACCGUACCCAUUCCCGAAAAUUCGAUUCACUCGUGACGUCACUUCGAUCGAUGAUUUCACUUCGGACAUGAUUGUGCUCGACGACUACAAGUGUCAUGGAAAGAUUCCCAUGGAUAUGGCUGUUUAA